UGGCAAGGCAGAUUCUCAAAAUGCGGAGAUCCAAUCAAACAAAGCUAAAGAGCAAAACUUUAACGUGGACAGCUCGUCAUCCGGAACUUCAAUGUUCGGCAAACGUAUAUUAAAAACACCAUUUUUAUAUUCAAGUAAUAACGCUGAGAAUCACCAACAAGAGCAGGCUGCUAGUAUGGAUAACUUAGCUGCCAGUCUUAACAAAGCAAAUUCCGAAAAUUAUAAUCUCCAGGAUGAUCAGGCAUCAACGAAAAUGGUGAACAAGCGCGGUAUCUACUUGGAAUAA